CCCAGCUAGCCGGUUCCAUCAUCUCAUAUCGAUGAUAUCAAAAUCAAUGGACGAUAUCGGCGUCAAUUCGCGGGUCCUCUACGCCAUCGGCGCUGCGGUAAUUCUGGCUGCCCCGGUCGCACACCACUUGGUUUUCCGCCACAACGACAGGAGCUUGUUGUCGCGGCUUCAGCGAUGGGUCCGGCCUCCGCCUCAACACGCCCACGGUCCACUGGAAGAGGGCCAAUUUCGUCUCAUUCACCUGCUUCCUGGAAAUGAAGGUGACGAAGUUCGGAUAGGCCUCACUAAUGAGUGGCUCAAGGCGCCAGUGAAAUACCAUGCCGUGUCCUAUGCCUGGGGAGACGCGCGAGACAAUGCAUACAUCACCUGCGAAGGAAAGGAGAUACAGAUCACCAGAACUCUGUUCGAAGCACUGAAGCGCUGGCGCCUCCCUACUGAGGAGGUCGUGCUCUGGGCCGACUCCAUUUGCAUCGAUCAGAGGAACACGUUGGAGAAAACACAUCAGAUAGGGCGGAUGUCGGAAAUCUACUCGAAUGCGGAAUCUGUCAGAAUCUGGCUUGGAAGUGAUGAUUCCCAAAUUGAUGGAGUCCAGGAUGUUAUCAAAGAGGCCUGUCAGAUCAUUCCUGAUGUUGUGGACGAUCCUCAACAGAACAGGAAAAGUGCAGAUAUCCUUGCCACUCGCAACCAAGAACGAACCCGAGAGGGCAAGACUACCGUCUGGAGUCUAGACUGGAAACCUCUGAGGGCGCUCAUGAAUCACACUUGGUUCGAAAGAAAGUGGGUUUAUCAAGAGGCGAUCCUCAACGACAACACCUGGCUCUACUGCGGAAAGCUUAUGAUGCCUUUCCAACCACUCUCAGAGCUGGCCCUAAGAAUGUCAACGUUUGGUAUCCAAGCUCUGCCCAAGGAUGGAACUGUGAACGACAGCAACGUGACUUUUCUCCCGAUCCGUCUCUACAACCUCUCCAUGAUGCGCAUGAGCCAGUGGUAUCGAGGAAAGCAACCUGUCACGCUGAUGGAUGGUGUCAAAGCCACCAGAGCAUUUCAAUGCACAGAUCCUCGGGACCACAUUCUGGGUGUCUUAGGCUACGCCUCAGACUUCGAGAAAGAUAGCAUCAUAUCCCGGGACAACUUGUACUCUCUCUCGGUUCAAGAGUGUUACUUGCGAUUUGCCCGAUCUCAGCUCCUGGAGAAGAAGAACCUCGGCGUUCUGGCCUCCGCACCGCAGAGACUAAUCACCGACGUCGCGCUUCCCUGGUAUUACCGUCCUAUAUACCGAUGGAAGCGGCGAAGGCUACCAGGUCUUCCAACCUGGGUACCUGACUUGAGAAACCAGGAGUUAGAUGCUUUGCCAAGCUACAGCGUUCGGUAUGGCAAGUUCUCGGCCGGCGGAACACAGUGUGGUAGAGUCGAAAUCAUCGGCAAUAAAAUACUACGGUGUUCCGGCAUGAUCGUCGAUACCAUUCAGGAAGAUGGAGUCUUCUGGCCCGAACUACCGCUCCCGCCGAAACCUAAGCGCGUCCCGUACCCGCUCGACAAGAUGGAUGUUUACUACGCUAGAAACUCGUUAAGGUCACUCGAAUUUUACAAAUCCUGCGUUCGCAUUGCGUCGGGUUCAGAUCGCAUUCAAGACAUGUCCCCCGAGCGCCUCGCUGAUUUCUGGAAGACUCUGACAUCUGAGAGGAGCCAGCUGAGCGACCGCGUCGACGUGGACCUGUCAGAGUCUGUCAAGACGAUGAUCACGAACAUGGAGACUUGGCUCGUCUCGGAAGACCCCGAAGAGGCGAACAAGGCACGAUUGAGCUUCGUGGCGGCUGCUGUGCAAGUGGAAAUGACAAUCCUAGCUGCCGCCAGUCCACGGAGGUUCUCUCGCACAACGGCCGGCAGGCUUUGCUUAGUGCCUCGAGAGGCAAAGGUUGGAGACUCGGUAUGUCUGCUACUGGGUUCUGAGGUUCCCUUCGUGAUUCGGCCUACGCGAAGCGGUAUGUAUGAGCUUAUAGGGGAUGCGUACGUCAGUGGUAUCAUGGACGGAGAAGCUGUUGCCUCUGGCGAAUAUACUCAGGCGGAAAUCGAGAUAGAGUAGCGCAAGCAAGUGUUUUUCAAGUGCGUGUGUGAGCUCCUGGAAGUAUUAAGCGUUGGAAAGAAAUAGCUUCAAAUUCCUCGUUGAGAG